AUGAACGCUGCCGACGACGCCAGAGUCGUGUUCGGCUACUUUGUCAACCUCACCACCAUCUUCGGACUUCUCUCCUGGAUCUCCCUCCUGGUAUCGCACAUUUUCUUCGUCCGCGCACGCAAUGCUCAGGGCAUCACCAAGGACCAGCUGGCGUAUACGGCACCACUCGGCCUGACAGGGUCGUACAUUGCCCUCUUCUUCUGCAUCCUCAUUGCCUUGACCAAGAACUUCUCCGUCUUCACAAGGGGUUCGUAUGGCAACUUUGACUACAAGAAUUUCAUCACUGGCUACCUUAACCUUCAGGGCAUCCCCAUCUACCUCGGCUGCAUCUUCGGCUACAAAUUCUUCAUGAAGUCCAAGAUGGUUCAGCCCCACGAGGCAGACUUUUACACAGGCAAGGGCGAGAUUGACCGCGAGGAAGAGGCUUUCCUGGCUCAUGCGGCGAUGAAGAAAGCAAACAGCAAUGGCAAGGAUGCGAGCUGGUUCUACAAGACGUUCAUCUCUUGGCUCUUGUAG